CCAACCAGCAUGAAGGGGGGUUGGCAGGGGAAAAGUUAACUAGUAACAUUGCUCACAAAGGUAUAAAACGUUUCAGCACUCUUGCAUUUGUCCUGUUUGCUGCAGCCCUCAUCAUCAGUGGAAACCUUUCAUCAAAGCAGGAAGAAAUUCCCCAAACGCCAUCAUGACCCAUCAAUUCCCAGCACUCUCUUCAGAGCAGAAGAAGGCUCUGUCUGACAUAGCUCAGAGGAUCGUGGCUUCUGGCAAAGGAAUCCUGGCUGCAGAUGAAUCUGUGGGUACUAUGGGCAACAGGCUGCAGCGCAUUAAAGUGGAGAACACUGAAGAGAACCGCCGUGCCUUCCGCGAUAUCCUCUUCUCCUCUGAUAACUCCAUCAGCCAGCAGAUUGGGGGAGUCAUAUUCUUCCAUGAGACCCUCUAUCAGAAGGACAACACUGGGAAGCUUUUCCCCACAGUCAUCAAGGACAAGGGCAUAGUGGUUGGAAUCAAGCUGGAUAAAGGCACAGCUCCAUUGGCAGGAACAAAUGGAGAAACCACCAUUCAAGGUCUGGAUGGCCUCGCAGAACGUUGUGCACAGUACAAGAAGGAUGGAGCAGAUUUUGGCAAGUGGCGUGCUGUGCUGAAAAUCACAAAUACAACUCCAUCUACUCUUGCCAUCCAGGAAAAUGCCAACACUUUGGCACGUUAUGCCAGCAUCUGCCAACAGCAUGGACUUGUCCCUAUUGUGGAACCAGAGAUUCUUCCUGACGGAGACCAUGACCUUCAGCGGUGCCAGUAUGUCACAGAAAAAGUUCUGGCUGCUGUUUACAAGGCUCUGAAUGACCACCAUGUUUACCUGGAGGGGACGCUGCUGAAGCCCAACAUGGUGACUGCUGGCCAAGCCUGUACCAAGAGGUACACCCCUGAGGAAGUGGCCAUGGCAACUGUCACUGCUCUCCACCGAACUGUCCCUGCUGCUGUCCCUGGAAUCUGUUUCCUUUCUGGGGGGCAGAGUGAAGAGGAGGCUUCAAUCCACCUCAAUGCUAUCAAUCUGGUUCCUCUGCCUAAACCUUGGAAGCUGACUUUCUCCUACGGACGGGCCCUGCAAGCAUCGGCUCUGGCUGCCUGGUCUGGCAAACCUGAGAACAAGAAGGCAUCCCAGGAAGCCUUCAUGAAACGGGCAAAGAUCAAUAGCUUGGCUUGCCGAGGCCAAUACGUCACUUCUGGAAAGAGCAGUGGAGCAGCCACUCAGUCUCUUUUUACUGCCAGUUACACAUAUUAGUGUAUUAAAAGAAUGCAGCUAGCUAGCUUGUUGCUCUUUGCAAGUAGCAGGAUAGAGGAAGAACUACAGCAUGUAACAUCUCAGUAAAAAGCCACAAAUAAAUGGAUCGCUAUAAUAGGGACCAUUGCGUGAUUGUGAUCCUCAGAAAAAGGUUCCAGGCAUCACUCACUUAUUGGGGACUCAUUUUAAACAUUCCACUGAUUUAAUAGGUCUGAAUUUGUUCCACACUUUUGAACCAUGGUCUGCUCUUUCAGUCAAUGCUGCUGUUUCUGCCAGUUGACUCAUGGACCUCUCGCUAGAAAAACCUGGAUUCCACUUUGCAACCAAUUCCAUUUUCUGACAAUGCUCCAGUCCCUAACCCACCAGAUAAGCAGAAGCUCCCUGUAGAAAAAAAAGUCAUUUCAAGCAUCUACAUAUUUUCCCAAACUGGAUUGAUUUCACGGAUCCACCCUGCACUACUUUUAUUGGAAUGCCUUUUUCAGUCCAUUAUGUUUCCAAUACACUAACUGUGAACGAACUUCCUGCCAUGUGAAAAAAAAUAAAUACAUCCUUCUGAAAUUUA